AUGCUUACCCUCAUGGCCGCCGACUUUGCCAGCGAGGAUACAAGUAUUUCUGAAUCAACGGUUAGCGCAAUGGAAGGAUACUACGAGCAGUUACGUGAGAUGUACACAGAAUACGUCCAGGAAAGGGAGUUUCGUUGGUUAGAGCUGUACACUCGUCUUUCUGAGUUGUGGGAUACUUGUCACGUGGCCGACAUCGAGCGUCUGAUACCGCCGUCUUACAAUCCAGAGAAGCACACUGACAAAGAUUUCGACAAGAUUUCAACGGAGAUUUCUCGUCUUGAGAGCCUUUAUGCAGCACGAAAAGAUGUAUUUGACGUGUUGACGGCAUGGAAAGAGAAGUGGGCUGAGAAACUCGCUUUAGAGGAGAAGAAGAAAAAUCCUGAGUAUUUCCAAAACCGAGGCAGGGAGAAUAACGUGUAUCUUGAUGCUAAGAUUGAGCGAACGCUUAACGACUACACGAUUCCGAAACUUAUGAAGACGCUUAUCAACACUUACGAGGAAUAUCGCAAGUCUCACCCCAAUGAUGAAAUUAGGCAUGUUCAGAUGCAACGAAUGGUUUCAACGAGCGCUUUGAGAACACCACAGUCAGGUCGAGUAAAGUUGUUGCAAAGACCAGUUAGUUCCUCGAAGAUAGAACCACUGCGAAAGCGUCUCCGAUAUGAUUCCACUCUCAGCACGAUAUGCAUGAACACAACGUCAGCAUCCAUCACUAGCGUCAUUACACCAACCAAGCGACGGAUGGUUUGUUCUAAGACACCAUUUAACUGUGAUUCUUUUAAGGAAUCCUGA